ACCACCUGAGUUCGUUUGUGAGCACGAACCAACGAGCGACGUUCGCGAGGAAGCAGAGGCCCUCGAGAGGUGGAAGCCACGGACAGCGCGUAGUCUGUACUUCCCCGAAGAGGUCUCGUGCGUCACCUUGAGGCGACUGCUAGUCGCGAUGUCAAUUCCACGGAACACACUGGACAGAGAGGCACCCAAUCACACAAAACCCCCGAGGAAGCAACGCAGGACUCGAUGCGUGGCACCGCGCACACACGAAGAAACGCCAUUUCUGGGAACUGCAGGUCACCAGGCUCGGCGGUCGUGUCAGCGGUGGAACGCCCGCUGGCACCGGAGAGACGCACAGUCUCUAGCCGCCCCAGACCUACAAGUUGCAAAAGCCGCAAGUGCGUCUUUUUCUUUGAAAUGUUUCUCUGAAACGUGUGGAUCCGACGCGUUUUGAAGAGUCUCUUGGCGCUCUAGGGCCUCUCUGUGAACGCCCAGCUGGAGUCGUACCCCCGGGGGUACAACGCGGGCUACCUCCAGCAAAGAGAGACAUCGACCGAGUUUGGCUGCCGUCGUUCCUGGAGAAAGUGCGGCAAACGCUUUUUACCGGCUUUUUUGACACGUAUUGACACAGAGCGGCUCUGUUCGUUGUUCCUUGCACUCGCUUUUUCUCGCGGAGAAAAAGACGAUUCUCCGCCCGCUCCGAGACCUCUCUAUACUACGCACACCACAGACACCCUUGCUACCAACUCCGCGAGGCCUAUAUCCCCGGGAGGUAGAGCUAGCCUGCAGAUAUACACAGCUGUGUGCUACGAGAACGCUUGCUGAGUAGCAGACGGCCAAUCGCGGAUGCGGGCCUCAGAUCCAGCUUGGUUCGAUGGUGAUCUUUCUCUCGUCUCCCUUUUCCUCCCCUACCCCACGUUUUCUCUCGCUCUCCCCUCUCCCACUCUGUCGGGGUAACGAGACGCUGCAUUCGACCCCUGGUCGGCCCUCCCCGACGCUGGGGCUUGUCCAGCUUUUUCUUUUCCACUUUUUUCUGUUCCCAGUCUCCGACACACACUUUGUUUUCUUUUUCUCGGCAUCUCCAGGGCAAUCGACGCGUUUCUCUCUCGCGAGUACCGUCAGCUCGACACCGUCAUCACGGCCUUCCAACUCGAGGUUCCUUCACACUCGAGGUUCCCUAUCGUGGCUUUUGUCAGCUGGCCUCCACAUCGACGAAAAGUCUCUCGCACCGUUCUCCUCUCCCUUCUUGGCGCUGUCCGCCUACUCUCGUCAAUUCCGUCCGCCUGUUUUUUCGUUUGCUGGAGGCCGCCUUCCCUGAAGUUGCCCUCUGCACACUGCCUUCGCGUGGGUUGCUUCAUUGCCUCGUCUCUUUGAAUGGUCUUGUCGACCGUCUCAAGUGUCUCCUGCAGGGAACAGAUGCCUCAUCCUCGUCUCGUCGCCGCUUCCUUUUAGGAGCGACCUGGGUUCCUCGGACUUCCCAGGCUGAAACGAUGUCUCUGCGUCUCCUUUCUCUUCCCUCUCUGUAACUGAUGAGGAGGCGUGUUUUUCUCAGCUGAAAACGACCGCUAGGAUGUACAAUCUCUCCGGAGCGGACGGCGACGGGGUCUCUACUGAAGACACAGAAGACAGCGAAGCAGAUCAUCUCUCGGCAACAGACGACGAAGAAGACCUGGAAAGAGGCUUGCUCUUUCGUCCGGAGUCCGUGCAUGCGGCGCCUCCUCGUCCUGUUCAUCAGAGCAAAGAGUUGCAGGAGGAACCUGAAGAUGCCGAAGACGAAGAAGAAGACGAAGAGGAACCGGGGCUUCUUAUGGUGACGCUCAUCCUGCUGGUCCUUCCUGCAGUUCUCUUCUAUCCUUGCGUACUCCCGCGCCUGCCUGAAGAAAAACAAGUUCCUGCUGGGUGGACGUUCGGUUUGCUGCUGACAGGGACGCUCAGCACCCUGAUCCCCGUCGCCUUCGGCGAUCCUGGAAUCAUUCCCCGCGAGCCUUGCCCCACAGAACUUCCUCGAGGAGCAGACCGUGUCAAGUACAUCACAAUCAACGGCGUCAGUGUCCCCCAAAAGUGGUGCACGACAUGCUACUUUUAUCGACCGCCUCGGUCGAAGCAUUGCUCGGUCUGCAACAACUGCGUGAGGCGCUUCGACCACCACUGCCCGUGGGUUUCAAACUGCGUCGGCGAACGGAACUACCGGAUUUUCUUCUUCUUCCUGCUUUUGUGUGUCCUCUACUGUCUCUUCGCUGUCGCCGGAAUCGGCGUUGCCUUCCACACCCAAAUUCAUAGUCGGGGACCCUUCAGUUUCGCGUCUGUCUGGACGACAGUGAAAGCUUGUCCUCAUCUAGCACUUCUUUUCUGCUACGGCGUCUGUUGCUCCAUUCCUGUUUGUCACCUUUUGUUUUUCAACAUCUAUUUGAUCGUCAACAACAGGACGACGAACGAGGAGGCCCUGCAACUCUUUACCAAGAAGAAUCCGUACUCCCUCGGCUGUCUCCUCAACGUCCGACAAUUUCUGUGCCACCGAGUUGGUCCGAGCUACGUUACGCCAGCGGGAAAGGCGAGAACAGUUUCAGAAAAAAUCGGGGGCCUUGUCGAGUAUUGCAGAUGUCCGAGUUUUCUGCUUCCGCCCUCGCCGAGACUACGCCACUCGCAUGCCGGCAAACACCAUGGCGCGUCUCACCGAUCUCUCUGAACCGUCUGCAGAGACCAUAAACCGUGACAGCUCAUGGCUGGUCUCUCAUGAAGAAUUGGGUAUUGGCGUCCUCCUGAAAGCCUGAAAACGCGACAACAUGCGAGGUGCCGGAGUAGUCCCUACUCGCCGCUGGUCUCGAGAGAGAAGACAGACGCCGCACAACAGAAGACAACACGCAGAUUGCGAGAUCUUCGUUUUCUUUUUCUCUGGUGUAAGCUGAGGCUCUGGAGAGGCCCUCUCCUCCUGUAUCUCUGCUGGCUUCCCCGUUCAACGGGAUGCAGAGAUGGCGAACAGGGCGGAUCGCGCGCUUCAAAUCUCUGUCUCUCUUGUCAACGUAGCUCUCUAACAUUCGUCUCUACCUGUUUCUGUAACCGCUCACUUGGUGCCAAGGGAGACUUCUUACAUCCCUUCUUCCGUUCCUCUGGCUCUGGAGCCUGUAAGAACCGUGGGCGUUCUGGAGCAGCUGCCUGGCGUUCAGGGUGUCCUGCGGCCAAGUUUCGCGUAUGCCUGUGCCUCUCUCCGAGAACGGAACGGCGGCUCUGCCUCUCUGCCCCCCUCUUCCCUCGAACGUUCUGUACACUCUUGGCAAAACAAGGUUUUCUACCUUGCUUGUUUGGGAGAAGAGCAGGAGGCGUGAGAGUCUGCGGCCGUGUGGCUUUUCGUGCAGACGCGGGAGGCCUUUGUCUCGCUCUCUCUUGUACAGAUGCGGUUCUGUGGGGAUGUCUUGGGCUGUUGCGUCAGUCGAGUGCUUCGUCAACGAUUCAGGAACUUGGUUUCGGUUGUGUGGACUAUGCCGACUUUGUGAGCGGGAGGGCCGAGCGGUCGAGACGCCAACAGAGUCGACGCCUGUCAACAGUUUCAGCUUCUCUUCAGACGGCGUGGAGAAGCCGCAGGAGCGAGCAGAUGCGCAUCUGUGGUGGUAUGCGUCGGUCGCGCCCUGAUGAUGUCUCCGCUGAAACAACGCAGGGCGUAAGAGGCCUCCGUCGACGGCGACACCCGUUCCGCGUUGGCUGCGCACCGUCUGCGUUCUUGUCUAUUUUACGCGAGUCCUUUUUUGCAGAGUCGCACGCAGGUCACUCCGCGUUUCUUUUUGGAACUCUCAAAUUUCAAGGAGCUUCAGCCCAAGGCCUGCGGAGCCGGAGGGCAUGGACGGUGUUCUCAGGGUCUGCGGAGCUUUUUUCUGAGCUGCUGCUCUCCACAAGAAGUGGAAGAGAGAGAACAGACAUUUGCGAGACAUGCACGCGAAAAGCAAAUGCAGUGGGGAGGCCGGGACUCCAAGCGUCUUGUGAACUGUUUAUUUCAUGCGACAUCCAGCAACACAUGCGGCGGGCCGUCCAACCUUGAGAGCCGCGGUGUUGAGGCUUUCGUUUUCUCCGCCGCGGAUGUCUUUGUUUCCAGUCACUUAGUUUGUGUUGUUCGUCUUUGAAAAGGCACACCGAGCAGCCGUCCGCGGAGCCGAGGCCGCUCGGCAGCAUCCUUUUCUGUUUCUCGUGAAAAUGUGGUUUGACAAGCCUUCAAGAAAAAAACGAAGCAACGAACAGGAGAUCAAGUUCGAAAGGAAUGUUCUGUGCGACCUGCGUCUCUCCCCUCCGGCUGCAUGCGUUUACAGACGGAAAAAGCCGCGAGGAAAAACAAACCUACGCCGCGUCCAGUUAACGAAUUUG